GACAGCUUUGUGUUCAGACAUUUAUCAAAAAUUGUUUGGUUUAUUGUAAUCACAAUUUGUGUUGUAUUUGUGGUCAUCGACUCACUCGAUGAGCCCAUAAGACUGGCUUCUGGCGGCGGACUCAUCGGUUUUCUACUCAUUGGAUACAUAUUUUCGAAACAUCGGUCGCAUAUAGUGUGGAAUCAGGUGUUAUGGGGUGUUUUGCUGCAGUUUCUAUUCGGUCUAUUCAUCCUCCGCUGGUCUUUCGGCAAACAAGUGUUUGAAUGCAUCGGACAGAAAGUCAGCACAUUCUUGGAGUUUACAGACAGCGGUUCCAGUUUUGUAUUCGGAUAUCUGGUGUCCGGCAAACUGGAGGGCACUUUCGAAAACGUCACCGUUUUAGGCGAGAGUAAAACACUACAUAUUCCCACACAAGCGGCUGUGUUUGCCUUUAAGACAAUGCCAGUCGUCAUAUUCUUCAGUUUCUUUGUGUCGAUUCUGUAUUACUAUGGAGUGAUGCAAAUACUUGUGGUGAAAGUUGGCUGGUUUUUGCAGACCACGAUCGGCACCACCGCUUGCGAGUCG